CGGAGAUCUGAGGUCGUGUUUGGAAACAUGGAUGCUAAAAAAGUUGAUGCAGGUGAAAUGAGUGGUGAUGGAGAUGUUGGAUCUGUCAUGGGAUUUUCUGGAUUUGGCAAAAAAGCUCGAACUUUUGACUUUAAUGCAAUUUUUGAGCAAACUCGACGAACAGCUAUCGAGAGGAGUCAGCGAGUGUUAGAGGAGCGGCAGAAGGAGGUUCAAAUGGAAGAGGAAGGAGAGAGCUCCAUGCAAGUCAAACCAUCAGCUCAGAGUCAGAAAGACAAAAGUGCAGCUGCUUCUUCUAGGGUACAGAAAAAUGAAAGUAGCAGUGAAUCAGACUCUGAGCUCAUUGGGCCCCCAGUGCCUCCCCAACAAGCUGCCCAGGAGGAUGAUGAUGAACUUGUGGGACCUCCACUUCCACCAGGUUACAGGAGCAACACAGCACAGAGUGAUGAGGAUGAAGAAGAAGAUGAUGAUGAUGAAGAGGCACAAGAUGACGACGAUGAUGAUAACCCUGUGAAAAAGAUUCCAGACACUCAUGAGAUCAUUCUGCAGCAUGGUACCAAAACCGUAUCAGCUCUUGCUUUGGACCCUUCUGGAGCCCGGCUGGUGACAGGUGGAUAUGAUUACGAUGUGCGUUUCUGGGAUUUUGCUGGGAUGGAUCAGUCUCUGCAGGCCUUCAGAUCCAUUCAGCCUUGCGAGUGCCAUCAGAUCAAGUCUCUGCAGUACAGUGUUACUGGCGACGUCAUCCUGGUGGUUUCUGGCAAUGCACAGGCCAAAGUGUUGGACCGUGAUGGCUUCAAUGUCAUAGAGUGUGUGAAGGGCGACCAGUACAUCGUGGAUAUGGCCAACACCAAGGGACACACAGCUAUGUUGAACUGUGGGUGCUGGCACCCCAAGAUUAAAGAGGAGUUUAUGACCUGCUCUAACGAUGGAACUGUGCGCACGUGGGACGUGAACUCGGAGAAGCAGCACAAGUCUGUGUUCAAACCUCGCUCGUCUAAGGGGAAGAAGGUCAUCCCCACGUGCUGCACCUACAGCCGAGACGGAAAGCUCAUCGCAGCAGGGUGCCAAGAUGGCACCAUCCAGAUCUGGGACAGAAACCUGAGUGUUCACACAAAGUUUCACUGCCAGCAAGCCCACGCUCCAGGAUCAGACACCUCUUGUAUCUGCUUUUCUUAUGACGGCACAACUCUGGCUUCACGUGGAGGCGAUGACACGCUGAAGGUUUGGGAUAUACGCAGCUUUAGGAAGCCUGUCAAUGAAGCUACCAAACUGACCAACUACUUCUCUAUGACCGACUGCUGUUUUAGCCCAGAUGACAAGCUGCUCGUCACAGGAACCUCGGUGAAGAAAGAUGAAGGAAAUGGGAAGCUGGUUUUCUUUGACCGAAGUUCUUUUCAGAAAGUCUAUGAGAUCGAGGUCACCAGUGCUAGUGUUGUCCGCUGCCUGUGGCACCCAAAACUAAACCAGAUCAUGGUGGGGACUGGGAACGGAUUGGCCAAGGUAUACUAUGAUCCGGUUAAAAGCCACAGGGGAGCUAAACUGUGCGUAGUGAAGAGCAAACGGAAAGAGAAACAAGCAGAAGCGCUAACACAAGAAUAUGUCAUCACACCUCAUGCCCUACCCAUGUUCAGAGAGGCCCGGCAGAGGAGUACACGAAAACAGCUGGAGAAAGACCGACUGGACCCCAAGAAAUCCCACAAACCCGAACCUCCCGUGUCCGGACCAGGUCGAGGAGGCAGAGUCGCAGCUCAUGGCGGCACUUUGUCUUCAUUCAUUGUCAAGAACAUCGCUUUAGAUAAAACUGACGACAGUAAUCCGCGAGAGGCCAUCCUGCGGCACGCCAAGGAGGCAUCAGAGAACCCUUACUGGAUCGCUCCGGCAUAUAAACAGACCCAGCCGGAGCCCAUGUUUGCAAAGGAAUCAGACGAGGACGAGGAAGCCGACAAAGAACCAGAGUGGAAGAAACGCAAAAUCUAAAACCUCCAACGGUUGUUCUUUUAAUAUAAAACAAACAAAAGAAAAGUCAAAAUUUGCCCCUAAUGCUCUCUUCAGUUUAGGUUUUCUUGCCUAAAUCCAUAUUUUUACCCCUCGGUGUGAAGAGGAAACAUAAAUUGUACAAUUUUAUGUUCCUCUCACUUCGAUACACGAGCCACUUCAUGUUUUAUGUCUGUUUUCAUUGUCUUGACUGUAUUUUUUUUCAUAAUUUCCAUUAGGUUGCGUUUGCUAAUGUUUCAUAAAUCAGCUCCAUAUUUUGUGGUCUGGUGCUGUUCAGCACCGUGAAGAAUAGCUCGCAAACAGCGAAAGAUGUAAUAAAAUUUCAGUGAGUUUUAUGUGGGAACGUUUUUAAAGCUUGACAUUUUUAAAGCUGUACUUUUCCUUUGAGUUGUUGUUGACAAAACCUUUAUUCCUCUUUUUCCCCCUGAUCCUACAUCAUGUAUACAAGCUCAAAAACCUAAAUAAAGAAAUGUAUAUCUUUCCUGGCA